AUGAAGUCCUCUUUAUGGGCUUGGUCGCUCUUUUCGCUCGCCAUAGUUCCCUUCUCCUCGGCCACAGAUGUCUACAAAAGAGAGGAAGCCGGUGGCGCGCUCAACGAUGAGUCGCCUGGUACGACGUUUAAUGGAAUUCAAGUACCGCCAGAAUUGGAGCUGAAUCCAGAUAACUUUAGGACAACGAUUGGAGACGGAUACUGGUUCGUUAAGCAUUUCUCGCCAUCAUGCCCACAUUGCCAAAAGAUUGCACCUGCAUGGCAAACACUAUAUGAAUUCUACUAUACCUCGAAUCCACUCCUAUCCUCCACGGCCAAAGCUGCGAAUACCGAAGCGUCCAUGAACUCGUUUACCAAAUAUUAUGAUUUCCAUUUCGCCGAGAUGAAUUGUUUGGCCUUUAUGGAUCUAUGUAGAGAGCAGGAAGUGAAAUUCUUCCCUACGUUCUCUCUGUACCAUAAUGGGGAAUUGGUGGAGCAAUACUCCGGUGCAAAGAGCAUAGAAGGAUUGAGUGAAUUCAUCGAAGAAAAGUUGGAAUCAAUCCGCCCUGGAUCUCGUCCUGCGAAUGGAGUCAAGUUACCUGCGCCUGGAGAGAAGAGCGUUGAUGUUACCGCGGAGCCUGAUGUUCCCCAGGCGAAAGACAAGGAUCCUGCCGCCGGCAGCAAAGCUGGUGAAGACCAUAACGAGAAAGCCGCACAGGUGGCACAGACGAGUGAAAAGGCGAAGUCAAAUACCGGUACUAAGACAUCGAAAGAGAAGGAGGCGGUUGUUUACAACCCCCAAGGCACCUCUGUCCCACUAACGGCCGAGAGUUUCCAAAAGUUCGUCACAAGGACACAUGACCCCUGGUUUAUCAAAUUCUAUGCUCCAUGGUGCCCUCACUGCCAGGCUUUGGCCCCUACCUGGCUAGCAAUGGCCAAAGAAAUGAAGGGUAAACUCAACAUUGGCGAGGUGAAUUGUGAUGUCGAAAAGCGGCUGUGCAAGGAUGCCGGCGUCAAUGCAUACCCAACAAUGCUCUUCUUCAAAUCAGGAGAGAAGGUCGAGUAUGAAGGCCUACGUGGACUCGGCGAUCUGAUCAGCUAUGCUCAGAAGGCAGUAGAUACUGGUGCUGGUGUCCAGUAUGUUGAUGCAGCGGCGUUCAAAGAAUUAGAGGAAACAGGCGAUGUAAUAUUCCUUUACUUCUUCGACCAUGCAACUACCUCGGAAGAUUUUGAGGCGUUGGAACGCUUGGCUCUAUCCCUUGUAGGCCAUGCCCGAAUGGUCAAGACCGACAGUGCGAUUCUGGCGGAUAGAUUCAAGAUCUCUACGUGGCCCCGCCUGCUCGUUGUCAGAGACGGCAGGCCGACAUACUUCAACGCCCUUGCUCCUUAUGAUAUGAGAGAUAACCCUCGAGUAUUGGAUUGGAUGCGGAGUGUUUGGCUACCAAUCGUACCAGAAUUGACGGCCUACAACGCAAAGGAGAUUAUGGAAAACAAAUAUGUCGUUCUUGGAAUCCUUAGCCACAAGCGAUCGGAUGAGUUCCGGCUCGGCCAGGCUGAAUUAAAGAAUGCUGCUUUGGAAUGGAUGGAUAAGCAAACUCAGUUAUUCCGCUUGGAGAGACAGGAGCUCCGAGAUGCUAAACAGCUGCGCAUUGAAGAGGCUGAAGAUCGUGACGACCAACGGGCCCUACGAUCUGCAAAGAGUAUGCAUAUCAGUAUUCGUGAGGAAGAUAAGAAACAAGUUGCUUUUGCCUGGGUUGAUGGUGAUUUCUGGGACCGCUGGCUUCGGACGACCUACGGUAUUGAUGUAAAGGACGGUGAGCGAGUCAUCAUUAACGACGAAGAUAACCGACGCUACUGGGACACAACCAGCAGCGGUGCCAACAUCGUGCCCUCCCGAACCUCAAUUCUCGAAACCAUUCCCCUGGUGAUUAGUGAUCCACCAAAACUCCGAUCCAAAUCGACAAUUGGCUUCUUUGAAGCCACCUUUUUCCACACACGCUCCUUUAUUUCCAGCCACCCUAUUCUGUCCAUUAUAAUCUUCAUCGUCACCUUUAUGAUCGCCUUUAUCGGGUAUCGUAGACGGGCUUUCAGGCGAUCAAAUCACCAUCACGGCGGAGGUAUUCUCGGAUACGUCACUGGUACCGGCGGCAGUGGUGGUAGUGGCGGCUUCUUCCGUCUUGAUGGUAAAGAAGGAUUAUUACAUGGCGGGUCAACUGGCAAGGUUGAUUGA